AUGGCGAGGCCGGCGCGCGCGCUCCUGCUCCUGCUCCUGGCGCUGAUGGCGACGCUGGCCCGCGCGUCGGGCGACGUGCCGGCGGCGUCCCUGGGCUGGGACCUCGGCGUGGUGGGCGCGGGGGAGGACGAGGAGUUCGGCUUCGACUCCGUGGCGCGCCGGGUGCUGCAGGGCGGCGGCUACAUCAGCUACGGCGCGCUGCGCAGGGACAACGUGCCCUGCUCCGUCCGGGGCGCCUCCUACUACAACUGCCGCCCCGGCGGGCAGGCCAACCCCUACUCGCGCGGCUGCUCCGCCAUCACGCGCUGCCGCGGCUGA